UAUGCGCCUGUAUGUGAGCGUGCGAGAGAGCCUUGGGGCCGGGCCAACCCCAGGCGGGCGGAAUCGACGGACCCCACCCCCGGGCAUCGUGGUUGGCCCGCCCCGCUUUUGCUCCCAGAAGCCUCCCAGGGUCUGCGGGCAAAGGAGCAGUAGGCACCACGCCGCACCGUCGUGUUCUCGGUGUCUGCUUGGAGCUCGCCUCGAGCUCUAGGGAGGCGGCCUGUGCAGGAGCAGGGCUGGAGGGCAUGGGUUUGGUAUCUCGGCUCGGGGCUCCAUGGCGGGCAUGGCUGGGCUGCGCCCUUAUGGGCAUCGCGCUGCAGGCGCAGCUGGCACUGAGCGCAGCCUUCUUUGACUGUGACAAGCCCUGUGAAAAUGGUGGGAGCUGUGUUGUUUACUCUAGCAGAAUUUCUGUUUGCAUAUGCCAGCCUGGACUGAUUGGAGAGCACUGCCAAUUUCAGGACCCUUGCCACCAGUCACCCUGUGCCAACGGGGGCUCAUGUGAGAGCACCUUGCGUGAUGGCACUGUACACUACCAGUGCACCUGUCUCAAGGGCUUCCGAGGUCAAGACUGCUCUCUGCUAGAUGCCUGUGCCAGCAAGCCAUGUGUUAAUGGUGGCCGCUGUACCAACUGGAAUGGCCGCUACAACUGUACAUGCCCACCAGGCUACCAGGGACGUAACUGCCGGAAUGAUGUGGAUGAAUGUCGGGAGCCCGGUCUGUGCCAGCAUGGGGGUACCUGUCUCAACACGCCUGGCUCCUUCCGCUGCCAGUGCCAGUCGGGUUACACAGGGCAGCUCUGUGAGAGCAUCUCCACACCCUGUGCUCCUUCUCAGUGUCUCAAUGGCGGCACUUGCCGCCAGACAGGGGAACUCAGCUAUGAGUGUGCUUGCUUGCCUGGCUUUGCGGGACACAACUGUGAGAUUAAUAUUGACGAUUGUCCAGACCACUUGUGCAAGAAUGCAGGCACGUGUGUGGAUGGUGUCAACACCUACCGUUGCCAGUGCCCUCCAGAGUGGACAGGCCAGUUCUACACCGAGGACGUGGAUGAGUGCCAGCUGCAACCCCGUGCCUGCCACAAUGGGGGCACCUGCGUCAAUACCAUCGGGGGCCAUUCGUGCCUCUGUGUCAAUGGCUGGACCGGAGAGAGCUGCAGUGAGAACAUUGAUGACUGUCAAUCCGCUGCCUGCUUUUCUGGUGCUACCUGUCAUGAUCGUGUGGCUUCCUUCUACUGUGAAUGUCCUGUGGGCAGGGCAGGCCUCCUCUGUCAUUUGGAUGAUGCCUGUGUCAGUAGCCCUUGCCGUGAAGGCGCCAUCUGUGACACUAACCCAGUGACUGGCCGUGCCUUCUGCAGCUGCCCACUAGGCCUCAUGGGAUCUGCCUGUGACCAGGAUGUGGACGAAUGCUCCCUUGGGGCCAAUCCUUGUCAACACUUUGGCAAAUGCAUCAACACCAAAGCCUCCUUCCAGUGCCAAUGUGGGCAUGGCUACACAGGCCCGCGCUGUGAGACGGACAUCAACGAGUGCUUCUCCAUGCCCUGCCGGAAUAACGCUACAUGCCUUGACCGCAAGGGCGGGUUUACCUGCAUCUGCAUGCCAGGCUUUGCGGGACACAACUGUGAGAUUAAUAUUGACGAUUGUCCAGACCACUUGUGCAAGAAUGCAGGCACGUGUGUGGAUGGUGUCAACACCUACCGUUGCCAGUGCCCUCCAGAGUGGACAGGCCAGUUCUGCACCGAGGACGUGGAUGAGUGCCAGCUGCAACCCCGUGCCUGCCACAAUGGGGGCACCUGCGUCAAUACCAUCGGGGGCCAUUCGUGCCUCUGUGUCAAUGGCUGGACCGGAGAGAGCUGCAGUGAGAACAUUGAUGACUGUCAAUCCGCUGCCUGCUUUUCUGGUGCUACCUGUCAUGAUCGUGUGGCUUCCUUCUACUGUGAAUGUCCUGUGGGCAGGGCAGGCCUCCUCUGUCAUUUGGAUGAUGCCUGUGUCAGUAGCCCUUGCCGUGAAGGCGCCAUCUGUGACACUAACCCAGUGACUGGCCGUGCCUUCUGCAGCUGCCCACUAGGCCUCAUGGGAUCUGCCUGUGACCAGGAUGUGGACGAAUGCUCCCUUGGGGCCAAUCCAUGUCAACACUUUGGCAAAUGCAUCAACACCAAAGCCUCCUUCCAGUGCCAAUGUGGGCAUGGCUACACAGGCCCGCGCUGUGAGACGGACAUCAACGAGUGCUUCUCCAUGCCCUGCCGGAAUAACGCUACAUGCCUUGACCGCAAGGGCGGGUUUACCUGCAUCUGCAUGCCAGGCUUUGCGGGACACAACUGUGAGAUUAAUAUUGACGAUUGUCCAGACCACUUGUGCAAGAAUGCAGGCACGUGUGUGGAUGGUGUCAACACCUACCGUUGCCAGUGCCCUCCAGAGUGGACAGGCCAGUUCUGCACCGAGGACGUGGAUGAGUGCCAGCUGCAACCCCGUGCCUGCCACAAUGGGGGCACCUGCGUCAAUACCAUCGGGGGCCAUUCGUGCCUCUGUGUCAAUGGCUGGACCGGAGAGAGCUGCAGUGAGAACAUUGAUGACUGUCAAUCCGCUGCCUGCUUUUCUGGUGCUACCUGUCAUGAUCGUGUGGCUUCCUUCUACUGUGAAUGUCCUGUGGGCAGGGCAGGCCUCCUCUGUCAUUUGGAUGAUGCCUGUGUCAGUAGCCCUUGCCGUGAAGGCGCCAUCUGUGACACUAACCCAGUGACUGGCCGUGCCUUCUGCAGCUGCCCACUAGGCCUCAUGGGAUCUGCCUGUGACCAGGAUGUGGACGAAUGCUCCCUUGGGGCCAAUCCAUGUCAACACUUUGGCAAAUGCAUCAACACCAAAGCCUCCUUCCAGUGCCAAUGUGGGCAUGGCUACACAGGCCCGCGCUGUGAGACGGACAUCAACGAGUGCUUCUCCAUGCCCUGCCGGAAUAACGCUACAUGCCUUGACCGCAAGGGCGGGUUUACCUGCAUCUGCAUGCCAGGCUUUGCGGGACACAACUGUGAGAUUAAUAUUGACGAUUGUCCAGACCACUUGUGCAAGAAUGCAGGCACGUGUGUGGAUGGUGUCAACACCUACCGUUGCCAGUGCCCUCCAGAGUGGACAGGCCAGUUCUGCACCGAGGACGUGGAUGAGUGCCAGCUGCAACCCCGUGCCUGCCACAAUGGGGGCACCUGCGUCAAUACCAUCGGGGGCCAUUCGUGCCUCUGUGUCAAUGGCUGGACCGGAGAGAGCUGCAGUGAGAACAUUGAUGACUGUCAAUCCGCUGCCUGCUUUUCUGGUGCUACCUGUCAUGAUCGUGUGGCUUCCUUCUACUGUGAAUGUCCUGUGGGCAGGGCAGGCCUCCUCUGUCAUUUGGAUGAUGCCUGUGUCAGUAGCCCUUGCCGUGAAGGCGCCAUCUGUGACACUAACCCAGUGACUGGCCGUGCCUUCUGCAUCCUGUGACCAGGAUGUGGAUGAGUCCUGCUUUGGAGGACCCUGAAGAGGUACCUGUUUUCCCAGGCCUUCAACUGAGAUUCAGUUUUUAAAGUUUAAUGUGUUUUAAUCUGAUUUUUAUCUUUUUAUGAAUAUGUUAUAUUUUGUUUUAAUUCUGUACACCACCUAGAGAUUUUUAUAUUAGGUGGUAUAUUAAUUCAAUAAAAAAAUAAAAAAAUCUGUUUCAUGCA